AUGGAAAUCGACUUAUUAGAUGCUCUUAAGAAAAUUAAUGAUACUUCAGCUAAGUUAGGAGUAUCAAUUAAAGAAGGGUUAUUUUUUGCGUCUAAUAUCAUUUCGUAUAAAUUCGUCAAAAGAUGGAUGAAUGAUCUUGACUCUCGAGGGAAAAUUAAAAAUUUAGCUGAUCCGCAUUUAAAUUUUAUUGACGAAUCCAUCGAAAAUUGCAAAAAAUUUGCUGAUCGAUUUAGUGAAUUUCACGAAUUUAUUAACAGUGAAAUAAUGAAACUUGAAGAGUCACUUCUGAAAAUUGAAAUUAAGUCGGAUAAAACAAUAUAUGAACAAACGUUAGAAAAAAAGAUGAUGAUCGACGAAUGGCAUCAGAAAUCCAAUAAAAUCUUUAGUUUUACAAAUUAUAAGAAG